AUGGAGGACUCUGAUAGCAGCGUAGGAUUUCUCCAUGGACAGGAUGUGGCUCACCGGUCGCUUGAUCGGACACUCUUUUUGCAUAUCGUGCUCCAUUCCCUAACAGCGCGUGACACGGCGCUUUGGAGAGCCGAACUUCCCUUGUACCAGCUGGCCCUGCUCUGGCUGCUACGUCUCGGCGUCAUCCCUAGCCACGUGGCCAUCAUGCCGGAUGGUAGCCGACGGUUCGUCAAGAGUACAGGCACCGAUCUUCGCCGCACCUACAUCGUAGGGACUGAGCUCUUGAGUUGGGCAUGCCAGUGGUGCUUUCGAGUGGGCGUCAGUGCAGUAACUGUUUUUAUGGUCGCAAAUCGUCAUUUGACGCGAAGUGCAUACGAAAAAGAUGCUCUGUUCUACGGAGUCAUAGGCAGCUGGUCCAACAGCUUACACUUGAGCAGAAUCAAGACACUAGGCAUAAGAAUGAAAUGGAUCGGGAAAAUGAUGAUGCUUCCGACUGACCUCAAAAUGAAGAUGCGUGAAAUGGAGAUUGCUACUUCAGAUGCAGCAUGGACGCGGACUUGUCUGGCAUGCGUCGGUUAUACCACUAAAAGCCAGAUGGCGCAGACAGCCUUACAGAUGGCAAGAGCGGUCAAAUUCAGCUCACUGCAAAGCAAUGACCUCACCGAAGACUUCAUGGACACUUACAUCAAUCAAGCCGAGUGUCCCGAUGUGGAUGUGCUGAUGCGAUGCGCAGGCACGCGAUUAAGCGAUUUCGUGGUCAUGCAAUGUGGAUACGCGUACCUGAACAUGACGUCAAAGAAGUGGCCAGAUAUUGGCUUCAGGGACUGGGUCCGGGCUUUUCUAAUGUAUCAAUUGUACUGGCCUGCCAUCUUCGCCGUGAAAGAAAGACAUCGUGCUUUGGUAGCUUCUCGCGACGACAAGCUGGAUCAAAAACGAAAGGUCCGUCAACAAGCUUUCAUGAGGAACAUCGAAGCUGUGAAAACCGUCAACGUUCAGGGCCACGCACAUCAGGAGCUCAUUGUUUGAGACAGA